AUGUCUCGAAGUUUUUUAAUGGAUUCUAUAAUUGGCAACAAUUCACCACCGUCCUAUCCUUUGCCAUAUUACGGAAAUCAGUUGCCAAAUUAUAUGUUCAAUUUCUUCAACCUGGGAUUAGGUUAUCAACCAAUCAGACCAGUUCCUAGAACACCAGUAAUACCAGUACCAACAGUACCUAUCAGUCCGUCGGCAAACGUGACUCUAGGAAUUCCUGGACAAAGCCCACCUUCACCUAUAAACGUUUCAACCAGUAGACUCUCAGAUGUCUCGGCGUCUAAUGAGUCACCAUCUCGUAAUAGUACACCAACACCGCCACCAAAAUCACCUAAUUCCAUUGGCAAUAGUUCGAAACGUAUACGAACUGCAUUCACAAGUACACAAUUGUUGGAACUUGAACGUGAAUUUGCAUCUAAUAUGUAUCUAUCACGUUUACGUCGUAUAGAAAUUGCUACGAAUUUGAGAUUAUCUGAGAAACAAGUUAAAAUUUGGUUUCAAAAUCGUCGGGUUAAAUAUAAGAAAGAAGAUUUACCGUCGGGACAAACUCAAAAGUGUUGCUGUUUACGUACGUGUGGUAGAAAGAAGGAUGAUUGUACGGAUAACUCGAUAACGCGACGGUGCGAUCAAGAAGAUGAACAUGGAAGGUCCUUUGAAAACGCUAUAACUACUACUACAAAUACACAAAUACGCGAGGAUUCUAGUGGCUCGAAUGAAAUCCAUGUUCUUCCCAGUGAACAUGAAUCACCUGUUCGUAAGAUCGAACCUUUUGAGAUAUCUUUGCCUUCGAGACAAACGGAAGAUACCAUAUUUUUUCGUGAACCCGAUGAAAGAUUGAAUUUUCGUAAAAUCAAAAUGAUGGAGGAAAUGAACGAGCAUCGUGCUAUCGUUGGCUGCAAAAGAAAUACCGAGGAUGAAUAUGACAGGACGGAUAAGAGGAGAAAAAUGGACCUUCCACUGAACAUGCAUCAGACUACUGAACACAGGGACUCCAUUCCUAGACCGGUCUUUGACAGCUUGUCUCGAAACAAACAUACAGUCGACAGAAUCGUUAAUUCUUAA